AUGAAUUACUUCAAUUCUCUAAAGCAAAGAUGCAAGACAAAUUCAUAAGCGGAAGAAGAACAUUCACAAUUACUAAUUCCCUGCAUGAAUUGCUAAGAAUAUAUUAGAUUUAAUUUAAUCAAUAAGCAUUCCUUAGUUUGCACUCAAGUGACAUAGAAUAUUGAUCAUAUUGAUAAAACCUACUCUUUAUUAGAGGAAAAUCAUUAUAAAUUACAAAAAUUACGAACAAACUUAAUGGAAAAAUAGAAUAAUAUAUUAGCGCUUAGACUCAUUAGAAUAAUUGAACUUGUUGUUUAGAUUUCUACUAUAGGCAAAGUGGAAAUAGCUUGUUGUUAAACUUAUUUAGAUGAAAUCAUUUAAUUAAAAUACAUUCCUAAAUCAUCAUUAAAUCUAAGUUUGUAUAUAGAAAGAAUAUAAGUACUUAUUGAAUAAAAAAUAUAAAUAUUGAAAGAUGAAUUGAAAAUUAAGCAAGAACAUGAGUAUUAACAAAGCUCUCAGAAUAAAUUCAAAUAUUUAAUGACAUAGGAGAGUCAAUCUAAUCAAUACAGUAAUAAAAUGUAUUAAAUGAGUGUUGAUUAAAAGGAUAUUUAUGGUGAAUCUAAGGAGCAUUAGUUUGAAUAAUUAAGCAAUAAGAUUUAGUAAUGCAAUAAUUUAAAGAUGGAAUAGUAAAAAUAUAAUAAUCUAAUUAAUCAUAAUUUAUAUAAAAGUAAAAGUCCUAAAUAGAUGAAUGUUGAAGAAGCAGAAGUAGUUUUCCCUCAGCAAUAGUAAAGAAAAAUGUUUAACUUAUAAGUUCCAUUUAAAUUAAAUGCCAAGAGUGAGAUACUCACUAAUAUAUCAACAAGUGAUAUUGGAUUUUUAGAAGAGUAAUCACGGAAAUGUGAAUCUUAAAGUCAAAGAUUAUUUUAUUCAAAAUUGUUAAAACUAAAACUAUAGAUUUCUAAUUAAUCUUAAGCAUAAUAAUUGUCAGCUGUUAUUUUGUGGGAUGAAGCAUAAAAAUUAAAGUUAAAAUGUAAUGAAUUCGAUAAGUUUUUGAAAUCUGCAAUUGAAAAGCCAAGUAAAUAUUUGAAAAAUGAAUUUUGA